CACCUCAAUUGAGUCUUGCACAAAUUGACUGUCUUGGCGUUGCAUGUCUUCUGUUCAAGUUACAGUAAUGACUCUGCAAAGUCUUGCUAAUAUGUAAUGGUCUUGAGUUGUUUAGUCUUCUCAAUGUGUGUCUCAGUAGUGCAAGAUUGUCAUCGAUCUUUUGCAACUACAUCUACAGCAAGGGAACGUAAUACAUCCGAGUCUUUGUCCAGUGAUAGUUCACUUCCGCUGAUGGACACUGGUACAGCAGACAUUACUAAUGCACCAUUACAAUUAGAUGUAUCAACCCAUUGCGUUGAAACAGACUCGCUGGAUCUUAGAGGGACUUUGAAGAAAAGUGACCGUAAGACUAAAUCUUCAUCAUCCCGGGACAUACUGCGUCCUAAAUCUUCCAAACAGAAACACUCUAGUUUGAAGCAGAAAAAACAAGUUCAGAAAUGGUUCGACAUUCCAAUCAGCAGACUUCGAACCCAAGACCUGGCUCGAAGUCAAGAGACAAACGACGAGUUAGAAAGAAAGAAUGUAGAUUUGAUGAAAGAGAUAGUGAUUCUUCAAAAACAAUCUAAAAGGCUGCAGGCACUAUGUGAAUAUUUAAGGCAUGGGAGUUCAUUUCAUAAGUUUAGUAAAUCAGGUGCUAGUAGACCAACUAACUAUUGCACUUCUGACGAAACGGAAACGAGUUUCUCAAUCGACGGUUCCAGCCAGGUAAAAAUACAAGGUGCAAGCUACAAACCAUUUGAGAACCCCAACGUUUUCUCGCUCCUUGACAUGCAAGAAUCGCAAGACUUUGUGGAUCUUGUAGAACCAAAUCGAGGAAUAACACCUUCGUGUUUCCAUGGAGACAGUCCAAUUUCCGGCUGGAGAAAAUUAACUGAUUCAUGUAUCAUCAGAAAUUCUAGUUAUGACGAUAGGUCUAGCUCUAUCACAUCUCCCGUACAAAGCGUUACAGGUUAUCAUGCAAGGUCUAACUCUAUCACAUCUCCCGUACAAAGCGUUACAGAUUAUGAUUCAAGGUCUAACUCUAUCACAUCUCCCGUACAAAGCGCUACAGAUUAUGAUGCAAGAUAUGGAAACGCCGAAACAUGCGCCAAUCUAAAGUCUGGCUAUUUACCAACAACACAAAAUUAUGUUGACCCUAAUUUGAACGAUAUCAGCCUAGCAUAUAAUUCAGAUAGGCCUACACAUGAUAUAUCGAACUCAGAUAUAGGCUGGCAAACACAGAAAUCAUUCCAUAAACGUAGCUCAAUUACAACUAUAGAAAAGUCCAUGCUUUUAAGAAGCAUUUCAACAAAAGAUGAAAACCUGAACCACACCGUGGCCCCAUCUCCAGACUAUUUGUCUCCAGUAAGUCCAACUCGUCACUGCCAAUCAACGCCAGAGAGUCCAGAUUCAGGCAUUCUGACCAAAAGCCCAAGGCCAGAUUUCUUCUUGGAUGAAAAUGCUGAACUAUUGAUCAAGGAGGAACCUUCAGACCAAAUUACUUCUUACGGAAACUUCAAAAGGGAUCAUCAUGAAUACCUGGCCGCCUACAUGCGAGAUAGUCCGUCAAGAACUAUAUCCAAAAGUAUUGGUCGGAGAGAAAUGAAUUCGAGUGAAGGCGAUGACAUACGUAGUUAUUAUGGGGAGUCUUGUUCAGAGUGGCAUCAACGUCGUGAAGGAUUGAGUCAGAGUGACGGUAACGAAUUGAAAAUGAUUGAUCGUCCAUCGUACAUAACCCAGAGUCUACCUUCAGACAUAGAAGAGUAUCGCUUUAACGAUGUAGAAGAAUUUAUAAAGAAAGAGACAUUAAUAGAUUCAAUCGUAAAGGAUUUGAUGAGUCCCAUAACAGACGAAAUGACGUCUGAAUGUGAGGUUUUUACUUUUGUUACAUGUCUAGGAAACGAACUUCCGAAGGAUGCAAGAGCAGACAACUUAACAGAACAUCAUCCCAACAGAGAAAGCACUUUGUCUGAACUGAGGCAGUCGAGUGGGCUGACUUCUAAGGGUGACCAGCUUGUGGCACACGAUCAAGUGCCACUCAUCACUAAAAAAAUGUCAAAUUUAUCAUGUCGCUCACCAGAUUGUCUGAAAUCACGAACUAAAGAUCAAAGUAAAAUGACGUAACUGAGCAGCUGGAUUUCUUUAUUAGAUAAUCAGAACUAGAAUUCAAAUAGAUUUAUUAUCCAUGCUAAAUUGACGUGACCACAAAAAUUCAGGAAUUUUUAGAAUAUUAUCAAACAAUCGGUCAUGCUUACUACCGCUUUGUGUAUACCUAACCUUAUUGCAUGCUAGGUGUGAGGACAAAUACGUAAAUGAUUACUAUCUUGGCUCUAAAUCUAUGCUACAUAGAGACAAAGUACGUAAAUGUUUACUAACAUGGCUCUGAACCUUUGACUGUUGAUUGUGAGACAAAAUACGUAAAUGAUUACUAACAUGGCUCAAAAAUCUAUGUAAACUUAUUAAUACAGUCAGUUUUUAGUACUGUG